AUGGCCCCCUCGAGCUCGCUGUCUUCAACGGCGACCUCGGUGCAAGUUGCCCUUCGCAUUCGCCCUCCCACCACGCAAGACUCGACCUCCAUCCCCACUCGUUUCCAACGUUCAGUCAUUCAAACGACCUCUUCCACUUCGGUCUCGAUCGAACCACCCUCUAAUGCCUCUGGAAGUACAGGUUCUCCCUCGGUACCAACAGCUCUCCCAGGCUCGGCUGCGAAAAAGCAAGUCUUUACAUUUGACCAAGUGCAUCCCCCACCCACCACCCAAUAUGACCUCUUUGAGUCGACUGCAAAACCGCUUGUAUCUCGCUUUACGGAGGGGUUUAAUUGUACUAUCCUUGCGUAUGGCCAGACGAGUAGUGGGAAAACAUUCACGAUGACUGGCAUCGACCUCGAGGCGGACCCUUCCGAUCCUAACAACGGGAUGGGUAUUAUCCCCAGGGCAGUUUCACACAUCUUUUCACGCGCAAAGCAACUGAAAGAGGAGCGAGGAGGUGCAUGGAACUACAAUAUCAAGGGCUCGUUUGUGGAAGUAUAUAACGAAGAUCUUAUUGACCUCUUGGGCUCGGACGAUGCGACUGGGGUUAAGCGGGAGGUGCAAAUACGAGAGGACAAAGAGGGUCACAUCAUUUGGGGCGGCCUGCGCGAGGUUAAUGUGAGAAACGCGAGCGAAGUUAUGACUCUCCUCCGCAAAGGCACGUCAAUACGGCGUACAAAUGAGACGGACAUGAAUGCUCAAUCAUCUCGAUCGCAUGCCAUUUUCUCCCUCACUCUAACACAGAAGAAAUAUUCAGGCUCUGGACCACCGCCUCGAUCACCAUCACCCCUUCCACCAGCUGGACGAUCUCCCUCGAGACUUACUCGCCCAGGAUCUAUGUAUGUUGGUGGACCUUCUGCUGCCGCGGGCCAUGUGGGUUCCCCUACCUUUGGUCGUCCUUCGACUCCUAGCUUCUCCUCGGCCCUAAGUAGGGGAGGACUUCGUCCUGCCAGCUCUUUGGGGCAUGCUGGAGAGCGUCCAGGAAGUGGGGAUGAUGGCCCAGGUGAAUGGGUGACAAUUGUAUCAAAGUUUCAUUUCGUUGACUUGGCUGGUUCCGAGAGGUUAAAACGCACCGCUGCGGCUGGUGAACGUAUCAAGGAAGGAAUAUCGAUCAAUAGUGGCCUUCUCGCGCUAGGGAACGUCAUCUCUGCACUCGGUGACCCUUCAAGGGCAAAAUCUAACACUGCGACUCACGUUCCAUAUCGCGAUUCAAAGCUUACGCGACUUCUUCAAGAUUCCUUGGGAGGCAAUGCUCAUACUCUCAUGAUUGCUUGCGUCAGUCCUGCAGAAUGGAAUGCUGGCGAAACCAUCAAUACGCUAAAAUACGCAAACCGUGCCAGAAACAUCAAAAAUCGCGCAGUUGUCAAUGAAAAGGAGGAUGGCUGGGAUGACACUGAGUGGUUACAAGGCACCAUCAUCCGUCUGAGGAAGGAAGUGAAAGCCCUCAAGGAAGGUGGGACAGUGCAAGCCUCUAACAGCCAACCUGAGGUGGUUGAGGGUGCAGGAAAGAAGGUCCUUGCCCAAUACACACAAUUGCAGAAUAACUACGAAGAUCUUCGGGAGAAAUUUGUCGAGAGGACAGAGGAACUCACUCGUCUGAGAAGGGAACUUGGUGAGAGGCAUCGAAGUAGCAUUGCGGGCUCUGGGACAGGCACUGCGAAGUACGAAGAGAUUGUUGGUCCCGUUAUCGAGGAAUACGAGAAGACAAUCGCGGCCAUGGAAGCCGAACUUACUCUCAAUCGGGCUGCCUUGCGACAUACCAACGAGAUGGUUGAGGAAAAGGAUGAUGAGUUAGGGGCCCUUGCAGAUAGGCAUGCUGCUACCGAACUCUACGUCGAAGAACUCAGAAGCCGGGUUGCUAAAUUGACCGAAAGAGAAGCUUCUACUGAGGCUUAUGUACGCGAUCUUGAGGAGAAGAUGAAGGUCUACGACGAAACGACUGUCACCUCCAGUGAAUCAAUGUCUGACCUCAAGCGUGAAAUCAUUCGUUUCAAAGAUGCGGAAGCCCAGUCUGGAAAGUACAUUGCGGAUCUUGAAGCUCGACUUGCGAAGUCUGAUGAGUCAAUUCUUGGACUUCAGCAGUCGGUAGAGAGGUUAGAGCAGGAAUGCGAAAGAAGAUGUGAUGAAGUCGAAACCCUGCAGUCCCGAUUAGAGUUAUUUAGGCAAGAUGGCGAGAGUUGGCGCACCCAUCUAGAAGAUAGGGAACGAAAAGUCAAAGCUCUGGAGGAGAAGAUGUUGGAUUGGGAGCGUAAAAAACAAGAUGCCAGCGAAGCUAGGGUUCGGUUGGGUGGCGUGGUUGGAGAAGUUAUCUCCGCCAGAAGGAGUUUGGAAGUUGACCUUGCAAGUUCGAUCUCUGUCUCGCCAGCCACUCCAUUGGACGAAACUCCGCCUCCCUUGCCCGCUACCAACUCUGAGGAGGCACUCGAAGCUCAACUGCUUUCACUACAGCAGACACAUACGGCUACUCUCGCAGACCUUUCGUCGGUAACCACGAAAUACCGUGACGCUCUUCGAGAAAUAUCCGACUUGGCCGCACAAAUUCAGGAGGCAAAACUCAAUUCUAAUAGCGCGGAGUCCAGUACCGAUUCACCUUCACUGGACAAAGCGAACGAUAUACCGCCAUCUAGAAGGAGAGUGGCAACGAGCAGGGUACGAGAUAUCAACGAACCACAACUCAAUAACUCUGGACGUCGGCAUUUUUUCCGACAGGCGGCCUCGGUGGAUUCGCUUCACGCCAGGUCGCUAUCGCAAUCACAGUCGCUCUCUCAGGAGCUAUCCUCGCUGCACUCGCGCAAAACUUCAUUCUCCAGUCAUGGGACAGGAAGCUCCCACUCUCCAUCUAAUUCCCACUCUUAUUUUUCCUCAACCACUUCGCAAUCCCUCGCUUCCCGCCCUAACCUGUCAAUUUCCUUACCAAGUGUUUCCCCGACUGCUCCCUCGAAUGAACGCUCUGUGUUCAGUUUAGAAAAGGAAAUUAUGCGGUUGCAAGAAGUUCUCAAAGAAAGAGAAGCGGAGAUAUCGCUGCUGGAGGGGUCGUUAAAGGAGCGGCAAGAGCAGGAUCUUGCGCAAGGCGGCGUUUCAACCGAACAACCAGCUACUUUAAUGGUGAACGGUAAUGCGUUAGCUCUUGAUACAACAUUGUCCCCAAAGACCAUGAACCAGUUCGAUAAUGUCAGGAAAAGUAUUGUCAUGGAAAACGACAAUGGUGCUGCUCCACGGGAAGGAUCUUCAGUAUAUUCCGAAGAUGAUUCAUUAGAACGACUCAACGAACUCAUGCUAUCGAUGGCCCAGAAAGAGUCCCAGCAUCGGCAGGUCGUCGAUGACUUGCACACGCAACUGACCCACACUAGAAGGCAGCUUGAUGAUCUUACUACUCUUUCAAGAGAUCAGGCUGUGAACAUGUCCAUGGAACUUGAGUCUCUUCGAGGAAAAUAUCACGACGACCUUAUUCUCCUGGAAGAAGGCCGCAAGCGUGAAGCUAGCCUCCUGGAAUCUCUCGAGCAGGCGAAGGCGACUCAUGCCCUUGAGAUUGAGCGGCUCCGUUCUGAACAUGAACAGGCGAUGAUCGAGAAGGGCGCAGACAUUGACAAACUUGUCUCCAGGCUGAAGGACGAACACGGGACCUCUGUUUCGAUCCUUCGUGCUGAGCUGGAAACUGCGUCCACCGAACUUGAGAAAGCACUUCGUAAUCAUGAAGCGUCUUUUGGGGCGCUCAAAUCGGAACAUGGCAAAGAACUCCAACGCCAAAUGCAAGACGCUGACACGAUCCUGACAAGCACUCGAGACGAGCAUCAGAAGGAACUGGCAAAAGUUCUCGCUGAGCAUGCUGCAGCGCUCAGGCAGAAGGACGAAGAAGCUUCCCUGUCCCUACAAACGACGGAGGAAGAGUAUUAUAAUGCUCUUACGAAGCUUCGCGGAGACCAGGCUGAGGCUCUCAAAAGCCUCACUGCCGAAACAGCUGCCACAAUUGAGCGUUUACGAGAAGAGCAUGCUGGCGAGUUGCGAAUAUUAGAGAUUGCUCGAGAGGGUUCCAUAUCAGAAUCAGAGUCAUCACGGAACCUUGCACUCAGAGACCUGCAAGAAGAACAUGCUGCAGCGAUUUUAAGGAAGGAUAGCUCAUUUGCGGAGGAAAUGGAGAAUGUGAGGGCCGGCCACCUUCGGGAGCUGAAAGCUCAAGAAGACGACUACGCAUUGCAGUUCGACAGACUCAAGCUUGAGCAUGAAACCACCAUGACGAAGUUCAAAAGCGAGUGGAGGUUGGAGAUUGACCGCUUAAACGCCGCUUUGGUGGAGGAACAAAACGAGGCGGCGUCUGCUGCUUUAAAAUAUCAGCGCGACGCGGAUGCUGCGAUUCGAACAGUCCAGGAGCAACAAGCGUUAGUCUUGGCGGAAUUUGAGCGUGGGCAUCAGGAAGAAGUUGAGGCACUCCGAAAAUCACACAAGGCUGCGCUCGAAGAGGCAAUUGCGAAGGCUGAUGCGUUACUGUCAGAGCAAACGCGAGCCCAAGCAGAAGGGAUAACCUCGGUCAAAGAUCAACACCAAGCGGAGAUUUCGCGUCUGGAAUCAACUUUGAGCACUGUUCAUGCAGAAUACCACCAACGCCUAGAAAAUAUGCAAUCUGAGAGCAGUCGAUUAUUGGCCGAAGUGCAAAGUAAUCACACUGCUGUCCUAGAAGAACAUCGCGAAUCGCUCAAGAAAAUGCAGACUGAAAACACUCAGCUGCGUGCUGAAGAACAAAGUCGACAGGCCUCCGUUCUUGAGGAGCAUUGCCAGGCCCUUGAUACCAUGCGCUCUGAGAGCAAUAGAUUCUUGACGGAAGAGCAAAACCGCCAUUUUGCUGCGCUCGAAGAUUUAAAGAGCAAACAUUCUGAAGAGUGCCGAACACUCCAGGAGCAGUAUGACUCGAUCGUCGAGGAAUUCGACGCCCACAAAGUUGGAGCCGAGGAGCUUACUCUGCUUCGUGAGCAAACCCGAGAGACACAGGAGCGCGAGAUCGGUAUUAAGGGUGAUAUUAUCUCGACCAUGGAGCGGCAACUCACGGCCGUUGGUAAUGAACGGGAUGAUUUAGAAGCCGAGGUUGCGAGACUUCGUGCAGAUUUGAACAAAACCCGUGGAGAACAAUCCAAACUUAUCCAGGAGGCGUCUAAGCGUGAAUCCCUUGUCCUCGAGCUUGAGCGCCAUCGCUCCGUGCUGGCGGAAUUGCAGGAGACCCUCCAAAAGGUCAAGGAUGAGAAGGACACGCUGCAGACGGAGAAAAAUCGAUCUGAUUCACUCAUUCGCGACCUCCAGGCUCAGAUCGCCCGCAGCGCCUCACCUCCUAAUGGCGCUCGUUCACCAGAUAGAGCCAUAGGGUACCCGAGAGGUUCUCUGCCCGCUAUCAAACUCCCUCCACCGACUCCCCCUCCCUCUGUCCCCCCACCUCCAGCCCCUCGCUCAGCUACUUCACAACAUGUCAACGGCGACUCGAACCUGAGCACCUCCUCCCAAGCUUCUUCCGCCUUCACGUCAUCUUCAUCCUCGAGAGAAUCACAGCCUGAGUCGCCAUCAACCUCCGUUGGACAUGUAACUCCCGUUGGUGCUAAUGGCUUUGGCUCCAUUGAUCACAAAGUCUCUUUGAAAGUGGAGCAACAAGCUAAGCAGAUUGACGAGCAAGAGGCAAUGAUUAAGACUCUCAAUAAACAAUUAACUCAUUGCGAGAGUGACCUUCAGACUCACAUGGACCUCGUCACCACGCUGGAGACUUCACUCGGUGACUCCGAGAAAAAUCUGCGAAAGGCGCGCAUGCAAGCAACCGAAUUAGCACGCGAAAGAGAUACGCUUAACAGCAAGCUGGAAAGCCUGCGGAACGAACUGACCGAAGCCAAACGAGAAGUCGUCACUGUCAGAAGAUCAGUUGUGGAAGAGAAGCAAUCUCUUGAACAACGGCUUGACGAGGAGAGGAAAGCCAAGGAACGAGCGCGACAACAACUCGAUUCCCGGAUGGAAGAGCUGCAAAAGCGAAAAUCCAAAUUUGCUUGCCUAUAG